UAGAUCUCUCUUUUUAAUUUUCUCUCAUUUUGUUCGAAAUUUUUCUCAAUCCCUCUCUCUCUCUCUUUCUAGACAGUCUCUGAAGUCUUUUUACUGGUCUGAAUCAGAGAUUUCUCGUUUCUGAUUUGGGGUUUAAUUGGGGCAUUUUGGUCUGUCCAGUUUCGGACUAUCAUCUUCUUCUGUCUUCGAGAUCUGAUGAUUACUUCCAUUUUCUAAAGCUCGCGUCGAUUGAGAGAUGGUGCAAAGGAGUGAACAAUAACUUUGUUGGAUAAUGUUUAGGAGUGCACAUUGCAGAGAAGAGAGGCAACGUAUGGGAAUUGGGGUUACUAUUUUUGCUUUUUCGUUGACAAGAUAUGGAAAGUGAGUGUGCAACAAUCUCAACCCCUCCUGAGGGGCUCAUUGAUGGGAGCUCGAAAACGCGUCACGGGAGGACUAGUGGUCCUGCAAGACGUUCAACUCGAGGUCAAUGGACAGCAGAGGAGGAUGAGAUUUUGAAAAAAGCUGUCCAUAAUUUUAAAGGGAAAAACUGGAAGAAGAUAGCUGAAUAUUUCAAGGAUCGAACUGAUGUCCAGUGCCUCCACAGGUGGCAGAAGGUCCUUAACCCUGAACUUGUUAAAGGGCCAUGGACGAAGGAGGAAGAUGAAAUGAUCGUUCAGUUAAUUCAAAAAUAUGGGCCGAAGAAGUGGUCCACUAUUGCUCGAUUUUUACCUGGCCGUAUCGGAAAGCAAUGUAGAGAGAGGUGGCACAAUCACCUCAAUCCUGCCAUAAACAAGGAAGCUUGGACUCAAGAAGAAGAGCUGGUUCUGAUUCGUGCUCAUCAAGUAUACGGUAAUAGAUGGGCAGAGUUAACUAAAUACUUGCCUGGAAGGUCGGAUAAUGGAAUUAAAAAUCACUGGCACAGUUCCGUGAAGAAGAAACUGGAUUCCUAUAUGUCUUCAGGCCUUUUGGAUCAAUACCAAGCCAUGCCUCUAGCUCCUUAUGAAAGAAGCUCCACUUUACAAUCUGCUUAUAUGCAGAGAAGUAUAGAUGGUAAUGGCUGCCUAACUGGACAGGCAGAGAAAGAAUCAGAAAACUGUCAGAAUUCGAGCAUGGCUGGCUGCUCUUUAUCUGCAAGAGAUUAUCCAAAUGGAGUAACAAAUAUGGAGCACCAUUUUCACCCCUGUGAAAACUCUCACCAGAAUGAGCAAGCUGCAUAUCAAUCAGAUCAGUAUUUUUAUCCAGAAUUGGAAGAUAUCUCAGUCUCCAUCUCAGAGAUCUCUUAUGACAUGGAGGACUGUUCACAGUUUCCUGAUCAUAAUGUCUCGGCUUCUUCGAGCCAGGAUUACCAAUUUGAUUUUCAGGAUCUAUCGGAUAUUUCACUGGAGAUGAGGCAUAAUAUGUCAGAGGUACAGAUGCCAUACACCAAGGAGAGCAAGGAAUCUACUCGGGGAGCUCCAAACUACACAUCAAAUUUAGAUGUGGCUACUUACACCAACCCAGCAACCGUUUCGACUUCUGAAACGGAAUGUUGCAGGGUCCUUUUCCUUGAUCAAGAGAGUGAAGGGCUCAGUGUUUCUAGAUCUCUGACCCAAGAGCCAAACGAGGUUGAUCAGGCAGACUAUCGAGAUCCUAUUUUCUGUGCAUCGGCUUCAGACAGCCAGAUUUCAGAAGCUACAAAAUCUCCAAUCCAGAGCUCUUCUUCAAAGUUCACUGCAACAGCCGCGUCAGGAAAGGAAACUCUACGGCCAGCUCCCUUAAUCAUAUCACCCGAUAAGUCAUCUGGAUUGAUAUUUCAUCCUUUCGAGACAGAACCAAACUGCAGAACAAAUGAAAAUGGUAGCUUCAUAUGCAUCGAUGAUCCAUCAAGCUCCACUUGUGUUGAUGAAGGGCCUAAUAACUCCAGCGAAGAAGGCCAAUCAUAUCAUUUGAAUGAUUCCAAAAAGUUGGUUCCAGUGAACGAUUUUGCUUCUCUGGCAGAAGUUAAGCCAGACUCUCUUCCUAAGCAUGAGUCAAACAUGACAAGCGAGCAGCAUCAUGAGGAUGUGGGAGCAUCGUCAAGUCUCUGUUUUCCAAGCUUGGACCUACCUCUUUUCAACUGUGAUAUUUCACAAUCUAAAAACGAUCUGCUGCAUGAUUAUAGCCCUCUUGGCAUACGCAAGCUACUGAUGUCGACCAUGACGUGCAUGAGUCCCCUUCGACUGUGGGAAUCUCCCACCGGGAAAAAGACGUUGGUUGGUGCAAAGUCAAUCCUGAGGAAACGCACCCGUGAUCUUCUGACACCGCUAUCUGAGAAAAGAAGUGAUAAAAAGCUUGAAACUGAUAUAGCGGCCAGUCUGGCAAAAGAUUUUUCACGUCUGGACGUGAUGUUUGAUGAGAGUGAGAGUCGAGAAUCUAUCUCUGGAAAUAGCACUGGUUUCAAUCUUGGAGAUAAAGAAAACAACUUUCAAAUUUUAAAUGGAGAAGGUGAGGAGAAUUGGAGAGGUAAGCCUUCUUCACUCUAUAGUCACAAGAUGCCAGAAGAAACCAUGCAUAUCAGAAUAUCACUUGAUAAACCAGAGCAAACUUGCAUGGAGGCAAAUGUCAGGGAAAAGGAUGAUUCUGGACUAUAUAUUGCUGAAAGUUUCUCCGGUGUUCUUUCUGAGAGCAAUACCAACAAGCCAGUUCUUUCUUCUCCUGAUCAGUCAGUAAACAAAGCAGAGAAGGCACAAGCUUCAACCCCAAGAGAUCAUUUGCAGAGAACUCUCAUGGCUACUUCUAACAAAGAACAACAUUCUUCUGCAAGUCUUUGUUUGGUCAUCAAUUCGCCUUCUCGAGCGAGAAUAAACACCGAGGGUCAUCUUGUUGACAACGAGACGAGCAAUGAGAAUUUCAGCAUAUUCUGUGGAACUCCAUUCAAGAGAGGUCUUGAAUCUCCCUCAGCCUGGAAAUCUCCGUUUUACAUAAACUCUCUCUUGUCCAGCCCAAGGUUUGACACAGAAAUAACUAUCGAGGACAUGGGCUACAUUUUCAGCCCUGGGGAGAGAAGCUUCGAGAGCAUAGGAGUGAUGACACAGAAAAAUGAGCAAACAAGUGCAUUUGCAGCAUUCAAAGAUGCAAUGGAAGUUUCACUUUCAUCAAGUGAUAAUGAUGCAGAGAAGAAGAAGGAAUUGGACAAAGAGAAUAAUGAUCCUCUACUGGCGGAGCGUCGAGUGUUAGACUUCAACGAUUGUGAAUCGCCCACCAAAGUAACAGAGGAAGUCUCAUCCUACCUUUUGAAAGAAUGUAGGUAAAAAAGACAUAAGUCUCGUCCUACUGAAGACGUAAAGAAACAUUCGCCUAUGUCAUUCAAUAUGUAUGUAACAGUUACAACAAAACUUAAAAA